AUGCGCUCGGCAUCCCCUGGAGUGGCUGCAAAUUUGAGUCUGAGUAUAACAAAUCCACUGGUGCUUUACCGGGCGCUUGUUUCUACCAAGAAGAUCAAACCCGACCCAGCUCAACAUCGUCUUGCUCUUCAACUCCAGAAGCUGUACUUCCGCCUGAAGGACUAUGCUCCCGAGGUGGAAUAUCGCUAUCGUCUAGAACGGGUCGCAAGAAGGAGCGUUAUCAGGAGGCGCCAGAAUGAACCGGGACAGGAUGUCUUGGAGCAGGAUAGGGCAUCGUCCGCCUCGGCUCGACGGGAUCACAAGCCUGGGUCAAGAGGCUUCAGGCUUUCCGCGUUAAUGAAGGCGUCUCCCUCCGAAACGCUUGCCUUGAUCCGUACAGCACCCCUGCACAACUCAGCCUUGACGAUAUCCUCACCACAAGGCAUGUUGCUCUACGGGGAAGUCGGGCGGGGCAAGUCCAUGCUCCUGGACCUAUUGUACAGUUCUCUUCCAUCACGGCAAAAGCGACGCUGGCAUUAUAAUACGUUCAUGUUAGACUUAUACCGACGAAUCGAAACAACGAGAAUAGAUCGACUCGAGUUCCAGAAUAUUGCCGGGAAUGAAGGCGGUUACUGGCUGUUCGGCUCUGGAAAUGGCAUCAGCGAAAACGAGCAUAUUGUCCUCAGCCUCGCCAAGGAUACUAUAAGCGAUAGUCCGAUCCUGUUCCUUGACGAGUUCCAGAUGCCCGAUCGGACGGCGUCGAAACUCAUAAACUCAUUCUUCACGGCGUUUUUUCAUUUGGGUGGAGUCUUGAUCGCCAGUUCGAACCGCAUGCCCGAGGAAUUGAGCAAAGCGGCAGGAAUAGAGUUCGGCGGGAGAGGCGCAAAAGGCUGGGGCGGCGGCGGAGGGGUUUGGGGCCUAGGAUGGGGUGCCAGACGGGAGGGUCCCGGGGAACUGCAGGCGAAAAGCGACUUUGGUAUGUUCCUAGAAGUCCUGAAGGCAAGGUGUGAGGUGUGGGAGAUGGAAGGGGAAAGGGAUUGGAGGCGUGAAGUGCAAGAGGAUGAGGUUUAUGCGCCGGAAAACUCGGAGAGUCAAGAUGCUACAGAUGUGGAAUGUUCGACCGGAAAUCCUGUCGAAUCGACGACGACCUUUUUGUCCGAAGGAGCUACAACGGCUCUCACAAAGGAAAUGCAAUCCUCAUCAGACUCACCACAACACUAUCACAUAGCCAUGGUCGAACAACCGGGUUCAACAACCACAUCCCUCCACCAAGACAUUCUGUCCCUCAACCCCUCCGAUACUUGGAUCCCAAGCACGUUGACCGUCUACGCAAGGCAGCUGCAUUUGCCUUGCACUUCUUCGGGCAUUCUGAAAGAGUCUUUCGCUUCCUUAUGCACCAGCUAUCUUGGCCCAGCGGAUUACGUUUCGCUUUGCUCGACAUUCCACACCGUUAUCAUAACAGACGUGCCAGUCCUGACUGUUCUGCAGAAGAACGAAGCCCGACGCUUCAUUACACUGCUAGAUGCACUCUAUGAGGCACGAUGCCGUCUACUCGUCGAGGCAGAGGCUCCCCCGGACAAAUUGUUCUUUCCAGAGAGGGGACGAAAAUUACGCUACUCCAAUGAUGGUGCCCCUACUCCUCCUGGUGGAUUUCCUUCAGAGGGAGAGAGUGAUUCUGACUCAAUCACGUCCGAAGCGUUCUCCGAGAUGUACCAGGACUCGACUGCCCCUUUUCGCCCGAACAUCACAUCUUACACGGAGAGGAACAACGUAACAGCGAUUCCAUCACAACUAUCAUUCACAAGAUCCUUGGAAUCACCUUCUCUACGCUCGAUGCUUGCGGAUGAAGACGCCGACUUUGGGCCUACAUACGGGAAUGGACGUAGCCAGGGAGCAUCCUCUGGGACAACCAAUCUAGAUCUAGGACCGGCAGGGAUGGCAGAGCAUGAAUUGAGGCAAGGGCCAGACUUUACGCAAACGAGCGCAUUGACGGGUGAAGAUGAGCGGUUCGCGUACAAGCGGGCCAGAAGCCGAUUGUGGGAAAUGUGUGGGCGGAGAUGGUGGGAUGAGCGUCGGGGGAGGGAUGUUGACGAAUGGUGGAGACCCGUUGGGCAAGAGUCUCGAACGUGGGAGCAGCCUGUGACUGUCGGCAAGGCCGCGACUGAAAGUGUAUCGAAUGAUGCCGUGGCUGGUGCCAGUGGAGAUUUUAACGCAAGGUCUGAUGCACUGUUCAAGCACUAUGCUAGUCCAUUCCGCACGAGCUCUGAGCCGCCUCCGAAGCUUGGAUGGCAGCAUGCUUGGGGGAUGAUAAAGUUGGGGAAGAAAGGUGGGGAGUGGGGGAGGGGAGUGGAGGGCAAUAAGAAACGAGAGGAGAGGUAUGGAACGACAAGAAGUGUUGCUGGCGCAAACGUGGAAAGUUAG